AUGACCGCCCCUUUCGGACCCAAUGUCCUCGACCCAAUGUGCGGGUCGUCACAUAUGGCGGCGGAACACGAGAGCAAACCACUUUAUUUUGCAAAUGGCGAUUUCGCAAAAACAGUCGCGGAUAUAAUCGCAAGCAGCGUCCCGGAAAGUGAUAGAGGCAAAGCAUAUGCGAGCCAAGAUGCUAUUUAUGAAAUAUCAGAAAAGCAGCGGGACUAUUACACAAAGUGUUUCCGCCAUCUGAUGCGCACCACUCAGGGGAACGCUUGCCUUGAAGGGGCUCUGAACGGUGCGGACAUGCGAAUAAUCGAAUUUUUCAAGCGUAGUGGUUUGGACAAUGAAGUUUUGUCAAAAAUUUGGAGCCUGUCGGACGUGAAUGAGGAUGGCUGGCUUGAUAUCAAUGAAUUCUCUGCUGCAAUGCAUCUCAUUGUUUUAAAAGUGAAAGGGCAUGUAGAGAUCCCACUGAGUUUGCCGAGUUGUAUUCGACCCCCUAUGACUCCUCCUAGAGCCAGUUCUCAAGUGCAAAACAGUCCUGUUGCUACCGCAUCCGCUCUCCGAGGACCACCGUCUUCUGGUUCGUGGGAUCAGUUUGAUGCAGUUGAUUUCGCUCCACCAAGUUCAGCCAAUAAUCUGAAAAAGGAGACCCCCCUUGCUGAGUUUUCCGAUAUCCCUCCAUUAUUAGUAGAUAGUCGUCCUACAGCUGUGAAACAGACAGUUCCAGCUGUGCCUCUGCUUGCCUUGAAAUCACCGAGUGGUCCACCACCCCAGCCCCCUCCUCGACCCUUGCAAAAGGGGCACAUAAGAAGCGCUAGUUUGGAUAUGAUGAAGCAGCUUCAGUUAGCACAAACAGGGUAUAAUGCAUUAGUGCAAGGGUGCACAAAACGUGCGCAACAAUUUUUAUCUCCACCACUCAGAUCUUCUUUGAUGUCUGCGCUAGUGGGUGGAGCCCUGUUUUGGCGCCUAUAUUUAACGGCCCGCCGCGUUUUGAACCACGCAAUUCUGCCCCUUCCUCAAUCGAGUACAUUUGUUCGAGCUUUGGAUGGAAACCCUCCUCCAACGAAAAUCGAGCAGAAAUUGGCCAGACAUGCUGCUCGUGCAGCGGAUCCUUCGAUCCUUCCUGGAGUUCGACCUAUUCCCAAGGAAGUUUCUGAUUCCCUAAGAGACCAACUCACACCUGGGAAGUAUUACGCAAAGUCUAUGACACAAUAUCUUGGCCCCUUUGACGACGAACCCACAGCUGAAACAUUACCAAGUGGCGAUACCUACUUUAUCCUGCAGAAUAUGGGACGUCUCGGUGAUACGGGAAAGUGCGUGUUUCGGCAUGUGAAGCAAAUCAACGUGACAGUACUAUGCAAAGUCAAUGAACUCGUACGUCAUUCUGCAGGAAAUGGGUCGUAUGCCAUCGGGAAGUAUGAUUUUCCGAAGAGUAACUCAAAUUGACCGUUAAUUUUUGUGCUAAUUUGUUUGCAUCUCAUUCAAUAUAGAUUAGUAUCUUGUGAAUUGAUCUGUGUCUACAAUGUAAUAUAUUUACCUGAUCCUGAUUGUGAUUGGUUUGAUUUAAUUCCUAUGAACAGAUUGUUGUUCGUCUAUGAAUUGCAAUAUUUAUCAGUUUCCCAUUUGUUAUUCGGUAUUAAUACGUUUUUACGUGUUAUCCAUGUUUAUGUAUAAGUAUAUUCGUUAUGAAUAGCAUUGUAUUGUCUAACUUAUGAUGUGGGGUCAACUAUAUACCGAUCAUUUAUAUGAAUCAUGUCGACUAAUAAUUAUUUGAAAGGUAAUAAAUGC